CCACCUGUUCAGUCAGAAGACAACACGCUCUCGCAGAAGAACAAUCAUGGAUCUUAAACUGGUACUGCUGGUUGCCGCGUCCGCCCUAAUGGCGGAGGCCUACCCCCGCUAUGUGGCCGUCCCGAGCCGUAUAGCGGCGCGCUCGUACCCCAUGUACUACCCGCAGGAGUCGCGCUUGAGGCCCGUGGUGAGCCUCGUGGAAGACUCUCGGCCCGUGGUCAUCCUUGAGAAGGAGGAGGAGCCCCAGCAGUGGGAACUGGACGAGGCCAGCUCUGACCGCUACGAGCGCCAGUCGGGCGGCCACGGCGGCGGCUACGGCGGCGGCAACGACCACGUGGAUUACGGCGCGUAUACCGGCGGCUACGGAGCUUUCGGUUGGUACUCGGAUCAUCCCGUGUGUAUCAACUGCGGAUACCAUCACUAAGACUGGUCUGCCACGUGGUUCCCCUGUGGUAUAGUGUGCUCUGACCUCCGGCAGGGUGAUGAUCUGAACCUAGUCCUACUCCAUGCUAACGGCUAUAUUCAUUUUUACAUUCCACUGCAGUAUAGAUCCUCAUGAUCAGCCCCACCCCGCCCUCCCUAUUGUAAGUAAAAAUGAAUGCUAUUUAAAGCGAAAGAUCCCAUAUCCCUCAACUACAACCCUGCCGAAAGUAUUUUGUUAGUAGUGACCGUUGGUUACUUCAGAUCUCCACCACCAUAGCUAUUAUAUCUAGUCCUUGCCUUGUUGCAAUUGUUAGUUCGCAAUAUUUGGCACUUUGUUCUUGUUUGUUUUUGUAACAGCUGUUAUUAAAGUAUUCAGUUUUGUAAAAA